UCAUCGCUGCGCGGCCGGGAGCGGAACGGAGCGGGACAGAACGGGACCGGCAUGUGCGAGGCGGCGGGGGACGACGGAGGGUGCGGGGCGGGCACGGCACCAGAACGGCGCCGCCGCGCCCCGACACACAGCCACCCGCGGCCCUGCGUGAAGUGCGGGCAGGGCUCGGCCGCCCUCAUCAUCCGCCUCGGGGACGCCUUCUGCCGCGUCUGCUUCCGCGAGUACUUUGUGCACAAGUUCCGCGCGAUGCUGGGCAAGAACCGCGUCAUCUUCCCGGGAGAGAAGGUGCUGCUGGCGCUGUCAGGGGGGCCGGCCUCCAGCGCCAUGCUCCGGCAGGUCCAGGAGGGGCUCAGCCGGGAGACGGCCAAGAGGCUCCGCUUCAUCCCCGGCCUCGUCUACGUUGAUGAGGGAGCGGUGCGCGGGCAGAGCGCGGCACAGCGGGAGCAGAGCCUGGCCCGCAUGGAGACCCUGCUGCAGGCGACCGGCUUCCCCUACCACCUGGCCCACCUGGAGAAGGCGCUGGAGCUGCCCGCAUCCAUCCUGCGGCCAGGGCCGGGGGGGUCCGGCAAGCCCAGCCCCUCCUACAAGGACGCCGUGGAGGGCUUCAUCCAGCAGCAGCGGCAGGAGGGGGACGGGGACACCUUGGUGCCUGGCCUUGGCACCCGGGACACACCAGUGGGGCCCCCGGCUGCCCCCCGGCUGCCCCCCGCCACCCGCACCCAGGAGCUGCUGCGGCUCUUCGAGGCCGUGGAGACGCCGACGGCGAGGGAGGAGCUGCUGCAGAUGUUGCGGACCCACCUCAUCCUGCAGACGGCCCGGACCAGGGGCUACACCAAGGUGAUGACUGGCGAGAGCUGCACCCGCGUGGCCAUCAAGCUCCUCACCAACCUGGCGCUGGGUCGCGGCGCCUUCCUCGCCGUCGACACGGGCUUUGUGGACAACCGCCACGGCGACGUGAUGGUGGUGCGUCCCAUGCGGGACUACAUGGCCAAGGAGAUCGCCUUCUACAACCACUUCUUCGACGUCCCCACCGUCAUCGCGCCACCUCUGCCCACCAAGCGCCGGGAGAAGCCCAGCGUCCACCGCCUGAUGGAGCGCUUCCUCCUGGGGCUGCAGGAGGAUUUCCCCUCCACCAUCAGCACCGUCUACCGGACGGGCGAGAAGCUGAGCCCGGCCCCGGCCAAGGCGAGCAGCGAGUCCCAGCGGUGCCUGCUCUGCCUCUGCGCCCUCGACAUCGCCGGGGAGGAGGAGUUGGCCCUGGAGCCCACGCUGAUCAUGGAGGAGCCAGAGCCGGUGGGGAACGGGUGCUGCCAGGACACCCCGGCAGCGGGGGUUGAGAGCAGAGCUGCCUUCAUCCCGUUGCUGUGCUACAGCUGCCGCCUCACCUUCAAGGAGCUGGGCCCCCUCGCCACGCUGCCGCCCUAUGUGCGCGCCGAGGCUCAGCGCCGGAUCCGCAGAGCAGAGCUGGAGCUGCAGAGCCAGGAGGUCCUGCCGGAGGACGAGGAGCCCGGCAAGAGCUGAAGGGGCUGGGGAUGGCGGGGGAUACAGACCCCCAUCCCUCUGGGGCACCAGUGGGGCAGGGUGCCACACUGCCGGGGUGGUGGGGGACCAGAGCCCCUGGGACCCCCUGGCACCCAGGCAGCUGCUUUUACACCCUGUUUUGGUUACAGCUGGGGGCAGGUAAAGCCCCCAGCCCCCAUUUGGCCUGGGGUGCUGGUACCCCCAGGGCAGCAGGUCCCCGAUCCCACCCUGCACCCCCCUUCCCCACCCCAGCUGUGCAUCAGCCAGGGAGGUCUCAGCUUUUGUUUUAUUAGAUCUGUAUAAAUAAACCAUUUGAAUUAAUUAAAAAAAAAAACAAACCAAAA